AUGCUAAAUUCAUCAUCCUUUAUACAAUGUAACUGUUUUACGGAACAUCCUCUGCAUUGCUCAGGCAUUUUUCAGGCAAUGAAUUGUCCUGUUUCUACCUCGACCCUCGGAUAUAGGACAUCUUUAGAUGGGAUGCCGGCCACACACAGCGCUCUUGCGAACGAGAAAAGAGACAACACUAGUGAGCCAAGCAAAUGCCAAAGACUAACGUUUGGGAUUGAAAAUAUACUUUACGGAACUAAUAGGCCACAAGGUAGGUAAACUUCGCCAUGAGAAGUGCGUAUAGUCGGGUUUCGAAAGGAUCUGUUCAUGAAUAACAUUAAACUAAGUAACAAACAAGCUUCAUUUGUCUAGUAAUUUUCAUCUAGAUUGUAGUGUACAAAAUAACAAACGUGAUUGAGCAUUUUGGAGCUUUUAAUUGCAAUCAAAUCACUUGAUUCAUCGCUAGUCAUUUGGACUGUUAUUUACUCCCAGACUUGCCCAUCCGUUAACCGCUGGUUAAUGUGUUAAAAUGUGGAACUCAGUUUCCUAUUGCGCACUUGAUUGCCGCCGGGAGUGUAAAUUUCCUUGAUCAAUCAGAUGUCCGCAGUAGCGGGAUGCAAGAAGAAGAAUUUCCUCAGAAAACAUUUGCAUUAGAGGAGUAACGUGUUGUUUACAUUUUCAACAGCUUAGUUCCACUUGAUGCGCAACUGAAGAAUUGAUUGAAAAUCCCUAAUAGUCGAUUAUAAUAAGCAAAUACGAUGAUAAAAACAAGUGAUAUUUUUAAUGUUGCCUGAAUCCUGCAGAAAUAUGCAGCUUGCUGUCUGUUUUAGGUUUAGUUAGAAAAUUGAAAGUAUCUCAAUAGCGAGAGUCCGAAACUGAGUUUGUUUCAGUCAAGCGUUUGUUACUUUUCCCGGCGGGGAUUUUCCAGCUGUCCCUGCGCGUUAUACCGAGGUUUCUGCGAGACGAGGUUAACAUUAUUAUUCCGCGUAAAUUGCGCAAAGACUUGCUAUGUUCCGGGUAUGUAGUUCAUUGCGUGGCGAGAUAAGACAAACGUCUGUUUACAAUUUCCUGUUAUAAGAAUAAUUCAAGUUCUUGUUUUUCUUUAAACGCUAAAGCUGUGGAGCGAUUUGAUUAAAACCAGUAAAACUAGAAACAGCGAUGUGUAGGGGUGUCGAACUGGUUUAAGGCUAUUAAUGAUUGUGACAACCCCACCCCUUGCCUCUCACAACGCUACCACAGGAACCUCAUGUCAUCCAAAGUCAAAUGCCUUCAGAACCGCUUUUUUAGUAUUAGAGUGAGCAAAUAAGUAACAAACCAACCAUUGUAGCUUUAAUGCAUGGUGACCAUAAUAGGGACAGACUAUAAAUUUAACUGGUUAAACUCAUAACCAUUUCACCGGUUUGUAGAGCUUCGAGCCAGUGGUAUGUGCAUUUGACGAAUGACUUUUACUAAAACUAUCCGAUCAAAUCUGGUCCAAACUAUACUUACUUUAACAGGCAGUUCGUUUCUGUGCGGGUUGUAAGAUCUGUAAGCUACUAGGUGAGAGCAUCAUUUGCUCUUAAACCGAAAGCUGGGAGUCGGCAAUAAAUGUCUUCAUGCAAACAAUCCUCGAUCAAGUUCCUUGAACUUGAGGAAGUGACAAAACCGAUUGUUCCUUCAAUAUUCAUUAUAAUUAUACAUUUUCGGAUUCUGUUCACAUUUAUGUGUAUGAAGAUCUCCAACUGUAUGCAUUUAAACAGGCCAUUCGUUUCUAGGCGAUACAUUGUGAGAUAUUAAGUGAUAAGUGAUUAAAGCUGAGGUCCGAUUUUUGUUUUAGUAUUUUGCUGCUUUUGGUAAGGUAAUUGAAAACAAGAAGAUCGAGAAUUUAUUGUGAAAAUGAUUCCUGAAUUUGGUCGAACUGGGGAUCGAGCAAACUUUGACGCAAGCAUUCCGUGUAACUGAGUUUAAAUACUCUGCAAAUUAUAAGUGUUUUUAUUGUGUCGUGUUAUAUCCCUAACGUGAGAAUAGUAGCAUUAACUCCUUAAGGACAUUAUAUAGUAUGUCAGCCAGAAACAAUAUUUAUUUCAAGAGCUCAAUCCUAGAUACUAUGGUGCGAUCACGACCUAAAGAUAAUUUUUCUAACUUAGUUGAAGUAGGUAGUCAGCGAUCGGCCGUUGCUUACGGCAACCCCAACCUAACUUAUCUUUCAGCAGGAUCAAGAUGAAGAAAAAUAUGACAAUCGUUGACUUCAAACUUGCAGAUAUAAAACUAGAGAGCUCUGAGGCUUAUUUACCCUGGCUGAGGUUAGGGAAAAUUUGUCGUAGAAUUUCGAAGCUAUUUACAUUAUUUGAAAAAAUGCGGUCUCAAAUAUAUGCCGAUAUCCAAAAUGAUUUUAUACCUACAAGAAAUACAUAACAUUAUCUUCCUCCGUUCUUUAUUAACGCAGAAAUCAUAGAAAUCAGUGAAACCGUUCAUGCUGAAAAACGCGAUUAAAAAACAACCAACACGCAAAACAAUAAGCUCGCGUCACCUUAAAUUUUUAGAAGGGCGAUCAUUUCAUGAAAAAAAGUUUACUAAAUGAAAUAACGAUAAUAAUAAUAAUAAUAAAAUAGCGACUAAUACGUCUGGACUAAUAUUAAACCAUGCAGUGUAGCCAAUCACCCAUUGUCUUCGUUAAUACUGAAUAUCAUUGAUACCAACUGUUUCCUGUAUAAAACAAUAAAACGAUACAGCUAUUGAUGAGCCACAUAUAGAACACACAACCUAAGAUUAAAAAGACCUCCUCGAUGAAGUGUUUACUCAUCUUUAGGUAUCAUCCCUUGUAAGUUAAUUCUGAUUAAAAAAAGUAGAAAUCCCAAUUAGUCUAUCUUUUAUUUUUUUUAGUUUGGUAUGCACAUUCAUCAUUAAGUGGUUACAGUAUACGACGGGCAAUUAAUGAGGUUAUAAUCUUUUGAUACUUUUAUCUUCUAUUAUGAACUUUUAAAACGGAUAUUUUGCUAGGAAACUGGCCAACAGAAGUUGUUAUUAUGUGGACCCAUUUGAAACUGGAUCUUUUCUAAUGAUAUGGCAAACAUCGUCAUAUGACCGAGUGUUUAAUUUGAACUGUAAAAUACAAGCAAUAACCAGGCCUUUUUUUAUACGGAUAUUAACUCUCGACCUCUUUCUUAAAUCCACGACUAACCACGCCUUUUAAAGAUCCUCGUUUAUUAUUGUUUUAAGAUAUUCAGGGCGCUAGGAGAUUCCCCGAUAAAGUGGUCACGAAUUUUAUUUUCAGAGAAAGUUCCUCUAAAAUAUUUUUUUAAAACACAACGGUAUCCUCGACAAACUAUAAAAUUCCCAUUAGUUGUUCAAAAAUAAAAAAGUAUCCAAAUGAGUAGCAAUGUUGAUUAAUCUGGUAUGUGAAAUAACGUUGGCAAAUUAAUGUCAUAAUAAAAAGAAAUGGUGAUGGUACGAGAUUAAUCUGGCGAAGACUAAAAAAGAUAAGCCAUUUAUAGAAACAGGAAUGACUUGGGUAGUGAUGCAGGUAAAACAGUCGAACCUCGAUUUACGGAUGAACUUAAUACAUGCAUGACACCUCGUUGUUACGGACAGUUCAAGAACCUUGGGAAUAAUGCGGACAAUGAACAGUCCAAUCAAGAUUACCUAGAAGAUUAAGUUUGGUUAUUAAUCAAGGAACGCUAUUUCAGUAACUGUAUGCUGUGAAAGGGCUUAACUUUUAAAAAAUUCCGUUGUUCAAGCACGCCAGUUUGGAGUUAGUCUGUGGCCGUUUAUUAAGUGCGAUGCAACCCGUUUGAUGUUUUGAUUAUUUAAUGUUUUGGCUGAUGCAACUAGUUAUUCUCAGAAAACUUCAGCAGUUUUAUCCAGACAGAGAUUUUCCCCAUAAAACCUGUUGACGACCACGCCUCUGUCCGUCUUUGGGAAAAGUGCGAGGUGGAGGCCACUAGCACGAAAUUACCUUCACGUCCUUCCUAAAAACGUAGACAGCAAACUCUUUAAAAAUGUGAACAUUUGGCGUAGGCUGCAUCUCCUUUACAGUCAGUCUUUCCUGCUUCAAGCUGAUGGCCAAGUUUCUUUUACAAACGCAAAUUAACUACAAUUUUUAACUGAUAUUGUAGAUUACAAAAAAUGAGAAAUUAAUACCUUAAUCUUAUCCUUAAGUCCUUCUCAUGGAAUGACCUACCCCUAACGUCGCCAAAGAUGCGUUUUUGUUUUUUGUUUUUUUUUUCGCCUAAAACUACAACUAAACUGACUUACCAUAGUAAAGUCGGUGGAUAGCUUUGCAGUAUUGAAUUUUAUCGGGCCAGAAAAAAACCCAUCUUUGGCGACCUUGGGGGUAGGUCAUAAAGAUAAUAUUAAGUUGUUAAUUUCUUGGCUAUUUAUUUACGUUUGAGCAAUGUAAAAAUGUUAAGUACGGCGUCCUUUUUCUUUCCUAGGGGUAACGUUGCUGGUCUCCGUGUUGACUACCCUUCCGGCCCGUACGUUAGUUUAUUUCAUUCUAUUUAAUUUUUAUUUUGUUUUUUUUAAUCCAGAUCAAAGAAAAGUCCAUUGCCCGUUUUCGUGGAAUAAGGGCCUUAAUUUUAUUACCCAUCAGCCCUUUCAUUACUCUCCGCCCAUGCGCACUUCCACCCGUCCUUGGUGUCGUCCAGUCUUCACGCAGCUGCAGCGGCGAGGCCUGGAAAAGCGUUUCCAAGCAACCAAGUACGUCACCAAACGAGAGCGGCUUCAAAUCGGCGCCAUGUUGGGUUUGUCCGAAACACAAGUAAAAGUUUGGUUUCAAAACAGAAGAACAAAAUGGAGACAUGAGGCAGCUAAGAAAGAGGAAAAACAAAAUAAAGAACUGAAAAACGAGGAAGAGAUGAAAGGAGAAUGCUGUGAUAACACAGGAUAAGUGAACUUCAUAAAAUAAGAAUAAAAAAUGAACAGACAGGAAAGGAGAAAAGGCAGAGAAAGAUUCAAAAUAAUAGCUAAAAAAAAUGUAAUAAUUGUAGGUCUCCCAGAGGCCACACUAUAUUCACAUCACACAUUCGUGGUUACACCUAAACUGAGUUUGCUGUUAGUACGUAACCGGUUCGACUGAGUAAGAAAAGUGAUACACCUAGUGAAGAAGUUGGGAAACGGUUUUAAAGUUAUAACUAGCAUUUAGAAAAAUUGAGUUCCAAUAAAGGAAACGGAGUAAUCCAUCUUUUCAUCUGAAAAAAAAAAGAAAAAACCCGCCCGAAGAAAACACGAUGACAAUGCCAUUUUUACAGGGGUGGACUUGAGCAGUCUCAUUUUCGAGAAUAUGGUUCAAAACCACUAAAACAUAGCAUUGUUAAACGUAUUUUAGUAUUUAAACGGUAGAUAUAGGCAUAUUGUUAUCGCCUAAUAAUUUUUCAUCUGUUCGGAUUUCCUAGCUGAAAGUCUAGUGAUCCGAACAUUGUAGGGAUCAAAACUAACGUUUUCGAAAAUCUCAGCCAGAAAAAAGGCUCCCGAAAAUUCUAGGUGACCUUAUUAGGGAAAAAUCCAUUAAAAAUAGGCAAUUAUACCAUGUUUUAGAUGUUCGAAAAUCCUAGGAGAAGGAGGCAAGCGAUAAAUUUUACAACAAAUGUUCCGAAACUUCUAGAUCUCAAAUCCCGGACACCUCUCCGCCGAUCUUCAAUCGCUUUCUGUGAAUCUCUUUAAGGCGGAAACUUUCAAGUCUCCUGGUCCAUUUUACGUACUUACAAGUUUACUGUUAUAACAUGCGUAUGUAGUUCAAAUCGUAUAAAGUACUGUAGUACACAAAACUGUCUUAGUAACACAAAAACUCGAGUUACAAAUA